UAAAUAAUCCUGGUAAAGUACGACAGGACAUCAUUCACAGCUCAAGCUGCCAAGCAGUCACAGCUCGUUCCUUCAACAAAUAUUCUACAAAAAAUCCGAAACAUUUUGGAAAUGGAGAACCAACGCACCAGCCACCGCCGCGGAGCCCGUCCCAGCGUGGGCUAUCUGCUCUUCCAGUACCAGAACGAGCUGACCCGCCGGCAUGCGGAGCCUACCCGCCUCUCGAAGACCAAGAUCCACAUCAUCGACGGCCUGGUUUCCCGCACCAUCCGCCACUUGAAGCACUGCAGCGUGGAGGAGCUGCAAGCCUGCAAGCGAGGACUCGUCUACAAGGAGCAGCUGCGCGAUCAACUGAAAGGAAUUCGUCGUCGCCGCGCUCCGGCUUCCGGCGGUGCCAAUACUGGCAACAAAACUGUCACUGUGCCAGCCGUGAGUGUCAAGGCCCCGAGCACGCCGCCUAAGCCCCGAUCUUCCUCCAGCGGAGCUGCCCCAAAAGUGUCCAUCUUUGGACCCGAGAUCUUUGUCUAAAGACGCCUUGACACUAUUUUAAGCUAGAAUAUCACACACUCACUAUCCUUAAUUGUUGACGAUUAAAAAUCAUAAAAACAAAAAUAAAAAUAAAUACUUUCACAAAGCAAA